AUGUCUGCACGAACAGCGCGCCAGUCUCGACCUCCUUCGUCCUACUCUCCUCUUUCGCCCUCUGAUCCAAACCCGAAUGACCUCUCCACAAAAAGCGCAGCACCAUCCGUGCGCUCACGUUCCUCUUCAAGUGCAUUCUCUUUCAAAUCUGCAAAGGGCUUCAAGCGCGUAUUCGGCGGACUCCUCUCCAAAGAACAAUCAGAGCCGACGCUCGUCUCCUCCACCCAUGGUCUCCCCCAAUCUAAAUCGACCAUCAAGUUGAACAGAAAGAGCGACGACUCUGCUCCUUCAUUUCACGAAGCACGACAGCGUUCAGAGGACAGACGCGUAGCGCCAGCAUCGCCUACGACGCCAACACCUACGACUACAGGGUCCAACUCGGGUUUCCUCUAUCGCUCACGUCAUUCACGCUCGAUGGACGCGCUCAAGCUCUUCAAGCCAAACGCCAAGGGAUCGGCGAACCAGACUCCAACGCCUAAACAGUCGUCCACUGUCCGACCAGCCGUGCCCUCCAAUCCAGUCCCUCCUCCCUCGGUAGCCGUCACCGUACGCUCUCCGACGGAAACAACCAGAGUCGAAAUCGAUGGGAGACCCAAAAUGGAACUGGAUGGUCCACCCGUGUUGCAUCUCCGAGAGGAAGAAGACGAAGGUGGGAGUAGUUCUAGUGGGAGUGGAAGAAGGGCGAGUCGGGAUUCGAGGAUUGCCGUUGGAGAUUCGGGAAGUCAGUCUGGAUCGUUGCAUACAGGGAUCAAAGACUUUGGAGGGACACCACCGCCUGGAGCGCUCGGUGCUAUACGCUUUCCAUCUUACUCAGGGGCACCCGUAAAGUCGACGCCUUCAAAUCAAGAGGUCACACACCCCUCACCUUUGAUACCACCACGCGAAAUCGUGCAUUCCCUUCCUGCAUUUUCAAAAAACCCCGAACCCACGACAUCGAAUGCAGCCACACUAUCGUCGACUCCUCGAACACGUCCACCGAAGCCAAACCUUUCUAUCCCGAUUCCACCACGGACAAAUCCUACACUGGUCUCCAACACUCCUCAUCACGAAAGAGCGUCCACUGUCUCUACCUCUCCUUCAACUGCUACCAAAACCCCGACUUCUGCACAUCCACGAUCCGCAUCAGCUCGACAGCCGCCUUCGCCUGGUCAUACCCUUCGUCUCACACCAUCUAUCGUGAUGAGCAGGCCGGCGUGGCCACUCCCACCUCUCCCGCCAAUGCCUACAUUGGCAUCCGCCGCGCAUACGCCCACUGCAGAAGGAGACCCUUCCCCACAACUACCCUCCAGCGAUGCGCCUACACCCAAAGCUGGCAAAGCUACGCCUCUCUUCCGAAUAUCCCCACCGACGAGGUCAAUGACUGGACCCGUUCUCUCUUCAUCACCCGAUAUGGAGAGCGAGAGGAGCGCAGCACGCGUGCGUCGUUCCGUGUCCGUCAAGCUCAAUGCUAUCCCUAGCUUGAGCGUCAUGGGUGAGACGGAGCGUGGGGAUCCAGAGGCGGAUGACUAUGAUGACGAGGAGAUGGAGGAUGAAGACGAAAUGGAUGAGGAAAUGGAUGCCGAGGUGGAGCGAGUGGGACGACCGUCGAUUGACUCUGUGUUUUCGAUGGAUAGUGUGACGAGUGCGGAAACGGUGCGAGCGCCCGUGGAUUCAUCGACGACAUCUCAGCAAACUUCGUCCACUCCCUCACCUCCUAUCCCCUCUACUGUCCACGCCAAGCGGGAUCCACCCGAGUCGGUAAAGACGGACAAAGGCAAAGGCAAGGCUGUUGUUACAGAAGAGGACGGUGAAGAACGCGCGAGUGAUUCCGAUGAAUCCGUCUACUUUGACGCGCGUGCAUCCGUGUUUCUUUCGCCAAAAGACGUCGCAGCAGCGUUGGAAAGGCGGUAUAGCCAACUCAGCACUGCAAGUGGAAGUACGAUCGGUCGGGCAGCGCGGGGUUCCGAGGCAGAUAAACGCGAGCGACGCGAUUCGUCGUGGAGCUUAAGCACAUCUGGACGCGAGAGCGUCUAUCUCACGCCAUCCGAAGGUCGAAGUGCGUUCCAUACGCCCUAUGCCUCUGGCGUCGAGGAGCGUUCGUCUGUGGAGAAAGAGACAAUGUCGGCCUUUGCGAGGGAAGCCAAGCGCGCGAGUGUACCCGUUUCGCUUGGAGCGACGCUCCAGCCCGGAGGGUCGAGUGGGAUUGGGGCCAGGAGGGGAGGGGAGAAUCGGCUCAGUCUCUCGACGCUGGCGCAGAAUAGGUUGUCUGGUGGUGAUUUCUCCAAACUUUACUUGGACAAGACGCCUACACCUGGCAAAGGAAGCAGCAAGCUGAGAGGUGACGAGGGUGAUUAUCUGUCUUCGCGGUCUCGACCUGUUCCGGAUGGGUUGCCUCCAUCAAGGCGAGAAGGCUUGCCCAAUUUUGAUGCCGCGAAGCCGUUUACCAACGAUAUUAUUACGGAAGAUGCCCCCUCGUUGGAUGCAUCCGGGCCGCGUGACGUUGAUCAAGGCGCUAUCCCCCUUCUCUCGACCGAAGGUCCUACUUCUUCGUCACCAGUCAUAUCUGCACAAAAGCCACCUGUAUCCGCCAUCGAAUCGUUCACCCCUUCCAACUUGCGAUCUUCACCCUCUGCUCUCCAGCGGACCAGCGUCAAGCGACCAUCAGUGUAUCGACAGGCGUCGAGGAGUAUGGUGGAUCUUUCGACUUCUUCGUUUGCAGACGAGGUCGAAGAGGUCGAAGAAGUCGAUCAGAAGAAUCCCAACGUGAUCGUCCGACCGGUCGCAUUGACAUUGGCACAACGCUCGCCUGCCGCGGCCACAUCGCCUGCAGUGGAUCCACUUGCAUGGCUCGUGCCUCCACCUUCGCCAAUUAUAACUAGACCGACCAUUUCCAAAAGGCAGAGCACGAUGCGCCGUGUCUCAUCUUUCCCAACGCUCCAAGCUGCUGAAAUGCCAUCGCCACAGGACCGAGAAAAGCCGCCUCCGACGUACGAGAGCAUCCAUCGAUAUGAAGAUGAGGGUACAGAAGUGUUGCCUGCGUACACGAACGAUAUCGUUCUCGCGGCGCUCGUACCCCGAAAGAUGGAGUUUGAUCGACCGGGGAUACAGGCGAGGGAUCGGGCGUGGAAGACGGUGUGGUGCGUCCUUCAUGGGACCAUGUUCCGUGUGUACAAAGUCGGGACGUUGGAAAAGAAAUUUGGCGCGCUCGCGGCUGCACCUGUCGCGGGACAGUUGCCUUCCACCAGCGCGAGUGCGCUUCUCAGUGGCGGGAAAGCAAAGCAUGGGCACAGUGGGUCCCAUAGUAGCUCGGCCAUUUCCAGUCGACGAAACUCGACGGCUGAACCGGAUGCGAGUAUGGCGAACCCGGGGUUGGCGUCGGGCAAGUUGCCAUUGAUGGAUCCGAAUGCGAGGUUGGAAGGGACCGUCUUAACGCGUAACCAGUUGUCGCCUGGAUUUUUGGCGCCUCCAUCGUCUUCGUCGUCUGGAUCGGCUGGAACACUAUCGCCUACCCAGAGUAUGACCAGUACUUCUGGAUCAUCGUAUGCGCCCUCAAGGUCGUCGUUUAGUCAUUCUCGCCCGACGACACCGGCAAGGCCUAUGACGGGAAGCACCAAUGGUGGUUCUCCUCCAGCACAGUUCCAGUCACAUCCGCCGCCUGCAAACAACGCUCAACAGCCACAGCAAGCAUCCAGGGGCAGACGAACCGCGCGUAAAUGUACAAUUAUUGGUCCUGGUCAUGGACCUGGCGGUCGGAGCGUGAUUGAUAAUGGUGGCACGGAAAUUUAUACGCCGCCUCCUGGACACUUGAUUCACCAGUAUUCCCUCCAGGGUGCAGAGUCUGGACUCGCAACGGACUAUCUGAAACGUCGGAAUGUCAUUCGGGUCCGUUUAGAUGGGGCGCAGUUUUUGAUGCAGCUUCCAAGCGUGGAAGAUGUUGUCGAGUGGAUAGAGGGGUUACAAGCUGCGACGAAUAUCGCGUUGGAUCUCGACGAGCGACCGAUGCCCAAGGGACCAAUGUAUCCUCGUCGUAGACGAAGAAGACGACCUCGCCAACCGGGCGAGCUGCCUAGCCAAUCGCCCCUCUCGCCUCCACCACACGGCGGAAGUAGCAGGAACAAUUCUGGAUCUGCUACAUCUCGCGUAUCGGAACCCGUCGCCGCGACAGCGUAA